CCCAUGUCAAGUUGUAGCAUCAAGAAAUGCCUCAAAGUAUUGGAGAAAUGCAAAUGCAAGAGCAUGAACCAACUCAAGCAAGCACACGCUCAAUUCUUUCCCAAUGGUCUUCAGCACAACACUUUCGCACUCAGCAGGCUCCUCGCUUUAAGCAGCCACCAUCAUGGAACCCUUGCUUAUUCAUUUAGAAUUUUCCAACACAUUCACAAUCCCACACUCUGCAUAUUCAACACUAUCCUUAACGCUUUCUUUAUCAAUGGCAACUCUAAAGGCACAAUACAUUUGUUCAUUGACAUGGUGCGCCGUAGAUUGAACCCUGAUCACUACACCCUUCCUUGCGUGUUGAAGGCGUGUACCUCGCUUGGAAGUGUUUCCUUGGGGGAGAUUGUUCAUGGGUAUGGAUCAAAAUUGGGGCUUUUAUGUGAUGUCUUUGUAGGUAAUAGUUUGAUUGCAUUGUACUCUGCCUGCGGUGAUCCUGUGGCUGCACGUAAAGUGUUUGAUGAAAUGCCUAACUUGAAUGCUGUGUCUUGGACUAUGAUGAUCGCAGGGUAUGCUAAGGUGGGCGACAUUGAUUCAGCAAGACUUUUCUUUGAUGAAGCACCUGAGAGGGAUAUGGGAAUAUGGGGUGCCAUGAUUUCUGGUUACGUGAAGAACAAUUGCUUCAACGAAGGACUUCAUCUAUUUCGUUUAAUACAGUCUACUGAUGAGGUGCCAGAUGAGUCUAUAUUAGUAAGCAUUCUUUCUUCCUGUGCCCAUCUGGGGGCUUUGGAUAUUGGUAUUUGGGUACACAGAUAUCUGAAUGAAGCAAGGAUUACAUUUAGCAUUCGUUUGAGUACCAGUUUAUUGGACAUGUAUGCAAAAUGUGGUCACUUGGUCAUGGCUAAAAGACUAUUUGAUUCCAUGAAAGAGAGAGAUGUUGUGUGUUGGAAUGCAAUGAUUUUCGGGAUGGCAAUGCAUGGAGAUGGAAUAAGCGCACUCCAGUUGUUUUUGGAUAUGGAAAAGGCUGGGAUAAAGUUGGAUGAUCUAACAUUCAUAGCUAUUUUUACAGCUUGUAGUUAUUCCGGUAUGGUACUUGAAGGUCUGAAAUUGUUAGAUAAGAUGUUUAAUGUGCACAAGAUUGAGCCGAAGAUCGAACAUUACGGCUGUCUAGUUGACUUGCUAAGUCGAGCUGGGCUCUUCAAAGAAGCCAUGGUUAUGAUAAGAAGAAUAAGAGAUUCAGGCAGCGGCACCUCUGAAGAGGCAUUGUCUUGGAGGGCCUUUUUGAGUGCAUGCUGCAACCAUGGACAAACUAAAUUUGCUGAACUUGCAGCUGCCAAACUCUUGAAGUUGGAGAACCACAGUGGCGUCUAUGUUUUGCUUUCAAAUUUAUAUGCAACAACCGGAAAAUACAGUGAAACAAGAAGGGUUAGGGAUAUGAUGAAGAAUAAAGGAUCAGAGAAAGCACCAGGUUGCAGCUCAGUUGAGAUUGAUGGGGUUAUUAGUGAAUUCAUUGCUGGUGAAAAAACUCAUCUACAAAUGCAUGAAAUACACUCAGUUUUGAAGAAAAUGCAUAUGCAAUUGGAUUAACAUUUCUGGUUGAGUUGAAUCAUAUUCUGUUGGCUAGUUGACACACAAUAUAUAUUUUGACCACUCAGACGAAUAAA